AUGUUUGUGUCAAUUACAGGGCGACUAGCUUCUUUCUGUCUGUCUUGGAGGAAUGGCAUAGAAACACCUAUGACCAUAGUAGUCAAAUUGCACAGGACUGCACCGCACAACGCGGUCACAUUUUAUGAACCUCUUCUUGUUUCAAGUCUUCUAUUCCUGUGGAAGAUACGCCUUUCAGCACAAGAAAGCACAGAGAAGCACCUGAAUACAUUCUCCAACACUAUCACUGUCUAUCAUCGGAAGAAAAAUAGAACAGCCGGGAUGUUUGCUCUCCAGGAAGAAAGCAUGCCCAACCACAGUGCCACCAAUACACUCGAUGGGGCGAUGGACAGCAACAGAGAUAACCCCAAGGCUAUCUCUUUUCCUCUGGCCAUUGGAAACAAUCCUCCGCCCUAUCAAGCAACCGCUGAGGAUGGUGAGGAGAAGAAAGAUGAAGAUCAACAGCACCACGCCAAAGUCACCUCCGAACAGGACCAGCUCUAUUCCGACAGCUCCGCGACCUACACAGCAAGCGACAAUGCAGACCGCAUGACCAGCGAGAGCUUGUGGAACAACAGCAGUGACAGUUCAGCCCAUACGGAGGCCUACCCCUCCUCUCCUCCCCCAAUGCCAGACCUGCCUGACGACACUGCUCUCGAGGCCCAGCUUGAAGCGUUCCUGCAGGCCCGCAUGCUCGCCAUCCGCGCCAUCCGCGGCCCCCUCCCCACAAACUACGAGCACCUCGACUUCUACUCUCCUGGAUAUCAGCCCGCCCCACGCUUCCAAUUCCAGAUGAAGCCCAACGGCUACCUGCCACUGUCGCAGAUUCGACGGGAUCUUUAUAUCCUCAAUGCGAUCUACCCGGAGCAUUGUAACCUGUUUGUUCUGAUCCUUAAACUCUUUGACAAGUGCGAUCCGCAGGACGAAAUGGUGCUAAGGACGAUCAACGCGUUGCCGCAUAUGAGAUAUCUGGUGGGGCUUUGUAGAACCUGCUUUUUGGUGGUGGGAGGUGGGAGUGUUUGUUGUGGGCAGGUGAUUCCGGAGUAG